AUGUCCGGCCCAGAAGAAUCUACAAGCUCGUUCUUUGUGAUGGGCGGGAAGCCUCCAAAUUAUGAAGAUGUCGAAACCAUUACUGUUGAUCCGAACCCAAAAUUGUUGCUUCGACUAGAAGUCUGGUACUUCUCCAGUGAUGGUAGAUCGCAAAAGAAGAACAAAAGAUUUGCCGAGGCGUUUAAGGAGGCCAGUCUUGAGAACUGGGAUGUGAAGGAAGUCGCCGUGAUUGAACCAGAUGGCGCUUCUAAUCGUGAUCACUUCGUUGAUUUCAUACACAAUGAGUAUACCGACAACGAUCCCAACGGCAGAGCCCAGAACCAUGUCCGAGAGCUCUUCAGGCGGAUAAUCCCAUCGAUCAUCUUUCGGUUCUUCCUCAACAUUCACAGCAAGCCCCAUACUAUGAGCUUGGCUGCUCGUAACGUGUCGCCUGACCACCAACAGAGAUAUUGCCAGCUUUUCAUUAUCAAUAAGCUGAACAUCCGUGUGGACCAACUUUUAACACCCGCUGGAGUAGAUGAUGCAUGUAUCGAUGAAAUUGUUACCCGAUUAUCUACUCUACCCAAUGCCCUUUCAACGUUAUCGCAAAUUGUGGAGAUAUUUUCUAUAUACCAGCUCCUCCAUGGGCAAACCGUGCCCCAAUUCUCCUUUAUGCACAAACAAGAUGCUGAUCAAAUCUUCAAUAUGCGAACACCUGUUCUUAGGGAUAUCGAACCACUUGUCAGGGUCGCGGAAGAGCUGAGACCAUUAUACGAGGCCAAUGUGGAUCAGGCAGCGGCGGAGAAACUAGCAACAGAGUUCCAAAUCGAAUUUGCAGAUGUCAUGGGCAAUCUAGGGAAAGUUAAAAGCAACUUAUGUUUUACUCCUCAGCAAUUAUACGAAACCGGCUUGAGUCUCCGCACAGCAAAUACUAUGCUCUCAAGAGCGAGGGACUUUCUAGGGCCGCAUCUAGAGCGUCAAGUCGAGCGAUAUGAGAACGAUAUGCGAAUGCCUAAAAAUAUUCGAUUUGGAAGUGUAAUAGCCGGCGCAAGUACUGGGGGAGCUAUUCUGCUCGGUGGUUUGGCUUCAAACCCAUUGACAUUGACGAUUGCUGUGUUUUUGUACGCAGCUGUGGCGGCGCAGAGUAAUAUUGGGGCGAUUUCGAAAAAGAGUGAAGCAAUUAAAACAUUCUUGCGAGAUUUAAAAGACAUGGCGGAUGUGUUUGACGAGGCUCGGAGAUCUGUGGCCGUGGCCGUUUGUCAGGACGUUUUUAACAUAGGGCUCGAUGACUUGGGGCAGCACGAGCGAACGGCGAUUCUGCACAGCUUUGGUAUUGAUGUCAGUGCACUGAGGCACGAAGAGUAUCGCCAGAGUCUUGUUGAGAGCAGUAUUGAGAAGCUGAUGACUUAUUAUAAGGAGAUGGGAACAGAUUUUGAGCACAUGCUUAGGGUGUGUGGGCAUGAUCUAAAUGAUGCAAAGAUGCCGUUGUAA